AUGGAAUCCGACAAAAACUUUUGCCAUAUAUCCUCUAAUGAAAGCAGAGAACUGGCGUAUCAACUCAGUUUAGUGCCAUACUUGAUGGAACGUUUGAAGAAGUUUGAACAACAAGCGGCGGGAAUACUCUCCGAUAAUCUGGAGCUGUCCCAAGAAAUUUUGUUCAGCAUGGAUACCAUUCUAUCUGUACAUGCAUGGAUGGACUCACUGGAAAUGCGUAAAAAUAUUGAAGAGGCAGUUCUUCGCGUCCUACCCCAAGUGCAAAGCUUACGCUCCUGGUUGGCAAGUUAUUUGGACUUCAUACACGAAAUGCAGGCUGUUUUACACAGAACUGAUGAAAAAAUCUUCACUUUCAUGACAGUCGUCGGUGCGCUCGGAAAGUAUUGUACG